AUGGGCUGCACUCCAUCACGAGGGAACAGUCUCCAAACAGCCCACAGUCCAUUCCGAAAGGGGAGAACUUUACUGCCAGUGACACAGGAAAGCCCAGCAGAAUCGCAGUCUGAUGACGUAGGAAGUGAAGGAUGUGGUGGAAGUGACAUUUAUAACUCAACAGGUCAGAACAACAUAAGUUCCACAAUGAUAGGAAGGAAAUCUUUGGCAGAGCCAGAAAAUGCUAGGGGUGCUUCUGCCAAACUAGGCACAAAAGAGAUUACAGUCAAUAUAAUAUCUCAAGCCAAAGACAAACAAGAAUUAAAACAAGAGGCUUUGGGAAAAAAAGGUGCAAAGAAAUCAAAGAAAAGUUUUAAAGAUGUCAAAUUAAACAAGAAAAGAAAGGAAAGAUGUUCUGUCGUAGAAAAAGUAGACUUUCCAGAGCCACUUGUGGAAGCUCAUCAAGCUGCUUAUGGAUAUCUUAACCCCAGUAUUACUAAAUAUGAAGACCUGUUGGGGAUUCUUGAUCAUGCAACGCAGACCCAGUUCUCCUUACAACCCAUGGUGGCAUUCCUGGUCCUACGAUAUGAAGAAAUAAAUAAAGGGCUUUUGCAAAUAGUAGAAGAAGGAGAGAAUAUGUUUAAAAAACAUAGAGACCACCUGGCUUGGCCUUGCCAACAAGACUAUUCCCUCUCAUCUAGCUCGAAAAAAAAAUUGACAUCUCCCACCUGUAGUGAGCACCAACCAGACCUGCUACAGCAACUCCUCCAGUACACCGUUCAGAGGAUGCGGCUACUGGGUCAAUCAGUUUGUGGAAUUGGGGAUAUGGCACUUGGGGAGGCAGUGGAAUACUUUAAUUCCAUUUCUGAAAUUCUAGAAGAAAAACUCAGAACAAAGCACACAUUUGAAUCAAGAUUAAUGCAGUUGCUUUCUCAAAUUGAGGCUGCCUCACAAAGAAAACCUGGCCCAGAUGAUUCUAUGCUGUUUAGUGAAGACAGUGGUAUUGGGGCAGAAAGUGACUCACUAACAGGUUCAGACAGACAGUGCACAUGCAAAGAAAGAUGUGAUUCAAACGGAACAAUGUGUACCAAUUUCAGUUUUACACCAGUUCAUCAUGGCUCAUACAGGGAAAGGUUUCUUAAAACAAUGAGCAACAGCAGUUCUCUAAACUCCAUAGACCCAACCUGUACUAUUACAGGAAAAGAACAGAGGGAUACAGAAUCAAUUCUUGGCUAUGUCUCUUUGGAUGAAGGUGAAAAGGGGGUAGGAGAGGAUAAGACAGAUGAUUGCAGAAAGGAAAGAAAAAAUGAAAAAAAAAAUAUAUUAUCAAACUCUUCUACUCCGGAUCUUAAGCAACCAAGUCACAUGCCAGCAAAGAGCAUAGAAAAUCCACAAACUGUUGAAAUGACAUUGUCAAAACACAUGAUUAGCCCAUUGUCAAAACACAUAAAUAGCCCAAAGAGCAAUAGUCACCAGUGGACAGAAGAUGGUGCCAAAAGCUCUAAAAGACCACACACAACGGCAACUAGAACACCAAAGAUAAAGACAAUGGUUACUAAGCAGUGCCGGUCAAGAUCAGCAGAUUCUCUAAGUAUUAGAAAUGAAGAUCUUACUCUCACUGAACUUAAAACAACUCAAAAGGAAAUUAACCAAAGGCUGGAGAGGAUAAAGAAGGUUAAGUCUGAAGAAAAAACUAAGCGAGAUUUAUCUAAACAAGUCAAACAACAGCAAACACAAGGUAUUUCCUCAGUAGCUGCUGGCAGGCAGUGUUCUUUGAAUAAAAAUAUUUUUUCUCCAAUUAAUCUCAGAAAGGCUGAUAAAGCAAAAGUAGAAAAGCAAGCCAAUGUGCAGGAAGACAUAAAGGAAAUAAAGGGGAAAGAAAAUGAAAAAAUAGACAUAAAACAAAAAGACAAGAAAGCUUCAAUGGGUCCAGUUAAAUUAACACCUGUGCCAAGCCCCCCACCAUCACUACACCAGUGUUCAGGGGCAUACAUGGGUAGGAAUUCUGUAAAAAAAUUGAUUAACACUUUCAGUCAGGGGCUAGAGGAUAGUAGACAGAUGCCAGAUGCAAAAGUGCUUGGACCUCUUAAAGGUGUUAGAAAGUGUGGUGUUCCCAUCAUUCCAGGUUUAGGUUACUCUGGCACAUUAAUGCUUAAUGAUACACUCAGAAGUGUCUCACAAUUCUCUAAAAUCAAAGAGGAUCUUGACAUUAUUGACAGUCUACCACCUCCUUCACUUGAGGUUCUCAUGGACAAUUCCUUUGAAAAUGUACAGGCAAAGGACACAGGAGAAAACUUUGCAAGCAGAGGCAGAUCAACCCAGCCAAAAAAGACAGCAAUGACUCAGAGAUUGCAAGCAUCUCUGCAGUCUGUAACAGUUCUACCAAGUAAGGGACAUUUUCGUAAAGGUUCUUUAAGUAUGUCACCAGUCCGUACCAUACACCAAGAUACCCGAGGAAUUGGAAAGGAUGGUCAACAUGAUUUCUGUCACGAACCACAUAUAGAAAGUGAGGAGGCUUUCUCCCUCUACAAACAAACAAGAAAAAUAAUUCACUUGAGGCAUUCUUCUAACUCACCAACAAAAAUACCUACUGCUAAGCAGGGUCACAAAUUAACACAAGAGGAGAACAGAACCAAUGAAACAGUACCAAAUAGUGCUGGCCCAACUCCUUCCACCCCAUCUGUAUCUAGAACACGCACCUUACCAUCCACACCUCUGUUACAUCGUAGACUGCCGAGUCCUCCAGUAUUUAUAAGUAAACCCACAACUACAGCUUUAUCAAGUCUUCAUGUUGUUCGUAAACUCCCAACACCUCCUUCCACCGGACAACUGAUCCUGCCAAUUACUUCUGCCAUGCAGCAUGACCAAAACCCCAGCAUUAUGUCUGGGCUUGCCAACUCUUUUAAGGCACCAUCACCUCCGGUUUCUCCAAAGGUUCUACAGUGGUCUCUAAAAAAUGGUAGCGACGACUGUACUUUGAGGGUAUUUAGCAAUGCUCGAUCAGUGUUUUGUCCUGCCUCAUCAUCAUUAUUUGAGGCUCAGCCUGUUUCCAGGUCUCCCCAGGCAUGGGCCUCCUCUGGUAGCAGUGUUCUUCCUCAUCCCUGGGGUGAGUGUGGUUGGUUACCAGUGUCUACACAAGGACGUCAACCAUUUAUCAGACGAAGCCAGUCAGAUAGGAGGCCCAGUUUGACCCUGCCACCCAAGAUUCCAGUCUUUUCUGUGGCAGAGACAUGUGGGAGUGAACCAGCAAUUAGCACCCAUGGGUUUGAAGAUGGUUCCAAUGGGGAAAACACACAAUGGAAUGACCAAACUGAACUCAGAGGCACAGUUAGGUCUGCCUCACACCCAGACCUGUGCAUCGUGGGUCAAGGUUUACAGUGGAAAUGAAAGAAAUGCAAAAGUAUGUUGGAUUAUGAAUUACAAAGCUAUUUCUAAAAGCCCUUCUCAUUGUCACUAAAGUCAUUUUUAUCUUUUGAGAUGCAGGGCUGGUAGUGUGUUUGCUGUAAAUGCCAUAUUAUGUGGUCUUAUCAGCAAAGAUUUUUCAGAUAUAAAUAUUACUUACUAUCCAUUUAUUUCUUAAUAAAAAUGCAUGACAGAU